ACAUAUUGUCAGAGAUAAAAUUAUUGUCUGUUAUCGUUUGGUUAAUAUACUGUUCAUAGUCGAGUCUACCAUUUUUGGGCCAGCAGUGUUCAAUAUAUUUUUAAAACAAGACAUUUUAUGCACAAUAUUUGCACAGGCAUAUAUGUGGGCAGCUAAAAAAGUAACCGGGGCCUGUCCCACGUUGUGUCAGCAGGAAGAGUAGAGUGUUGACCGUCCUCUGUUGUAACUGAUGGUGUGUUAUCAACAUAUUUACACCUGUUGAACAGCAUGGAGCGAUUGUAACAUACUUUUUAUACGUAACCAACAGAAGCUGCCAUCAACAGGGAUACAGACGACUCACAAGGAUGUCAGCAAACCGGUGUUUGUACCUAUUUUCUCGGCUUCAACGCCACAUUAACCCUCGGACUGCCCGUAUCGCCGCCAGUAGCUGUCAUGUAUCUUCAGGGUCUGUUUUUUUACAUAAAGAACACCAAGCUGGUUCAGCAGUUUGCAGCAGAAAUGUUUCAUCAAACAGUUCCUCUGCUAAACCCCCGGACACAUCUCUGUUUGUCCCCGUCUCCGUGAAGACGGACAGCUCAGGAGAUGGGGGUGUGGGAGUAGAGCUAACCCAGCCGCUCGAUAAAAGUGAACUGCUAAAAGUCCUGAACAGGUUUUAUAAGAAGAAGGAGAUGCAGAAGCUGGCGGCGGACGGUGGCCUGGAUGCUCGUCUGUUCCACCAAGCCUUCAUCAGCUUCAGGAGGUACGUUCUGGAAAUGACAGCACUCCCUGCAGAUCUGCACAUCAUCCUCAACGACAUCUGCUAUGGAGCAGGUCAUAUAGAUGACAUCUAUCCUUACUUUAUGCGUCAUGCCAAGCAAAUCUUCCCCAUGCUGGACUGCAUGGAAGACCUGCGAAAGAUCUCAGACCUUAGAGUCCCAGCUAACUGGUACCCAGAGGCUCGUGCUAUUGAGAGGAAGGUGGUUUUCCAUGCUGGUCCCACUAACAGCGGUAAAACAUAUCACGCCAUCCAGCGCUUCCUGGCUGCCAAGUCUGGAGUCUACUGUGGCCCCCUGAAGCUGCUGGCCCAUGAGAUCUUUGAGAAAACCAACAAUGCUGGUGUACCAUGUGACCUGGUCACUGGUGAGGAGAGGACCUUCAUGGACUUGGAUGGUCGAGCAGCUGGUCAUGUAGCCUGUACUAUUGAGAUGUGCAGCGUCACCACACCUUAUGAAGUGGCAGUGAUUGACGAAAUUCAAAUGAUCAGAGAUGCUUCCAGAGGCUGGGCCUGGACCAGAGCACUGCUGGGUCUGUGUGCAGAGGAGAUCCAUGUGUGUGGUGAACCUGCAGCCAUAGAUUUUAUCAGAGAGCUGAUGUAUACAACCGGAGAGGAGGUGGAGGUCCGCACCUACCAGCGUUUAACUCCAUUCUCAGUGCUUGAUCACGCUGUGGAGUCAUUAGACAACUUGAGACCAGGAGAUUGUAUCGUCUGCUUCAGCAAAAAUGACAUCUACUCCAUCAGCAGGCAGAUUGAGGCCAGGGGACAAGAGUGUGCUGUUAUUUAUGGGAGCUUACCUCCAGGCACCAAGCUGUCACAGGCCAAGAAGUUCAAUGAUCCUGAUGACCCCUGCAAGAUACUGGUUGCUACAGAUGCAAUUGGGAUGGGCCUUAACCUGAGUAUAAGACGUAUCAUCUUCAACACUCUUGUGAAGCCCAAUGUAAAUGAGAAAGGAGAGAAACAGAUGGAGACCAUCAGCACAUCACAAGCGUUGCAGAUUGCUGGCCGUGCAGGGAGGUUCUCCUCCAAGUUCACAGAGGGGGAAGUCACCACCAUGCACCGAGACGAUCUGCCCAUUCUUAAAGAAAUACUCAGCUUCUCUGUAGAGCCCAUAGAGACUGCAGGUCUACAUCCUACAGCAGAGCAAAUAGAGAUGUUUGCCUAUCAUCUACCUGAUGCUUCACUGUCAAACCUUAUUGACAUCUUUGUCAGCCUCUCCCAGGUGGAUGGGAUGUAUUUCGUCUGCAACAUCGACGACUUCAAGUUUCUGGCUGACAUGAUUCAGCACAUCCCGCUCAACCUGAGGUCCCGCUACGUCUUCUGUACCGCUCCCAUCAACAAGAAGCAACCUUUUGUGUGCACCUCCUUCCUGAAGUUUGCUCGUCAAUUCAGUCGAGAUGAACCUCUAACAUUUGACUGGAUCUGCCGCCAUGUCAGCUGGCCUCUGGCUGCCCCCAAAAACAUCAAAGACCUGGUUCACCUGGAGGCUGUUCAUGAUGUUUUAGAUCUUUACCUCUGGUUAAGCUAUCGUUUCAUGGACAUGUUUCCAGACACGGCGUUAGUUAGAGAAAUCCAGCGGGAACUUGAUGACAUCAUUCAACAAGGCGUACGAAACAUCACCCGUCUCAUCAAGGCCACCGACCCGAACAUCACCGACCCCCUGAACACACAGAGCAGCAGGCGCGGAAGGACCGCCGGAACUCAUGGAGCUGCUAGCAAUAGCUAUUUGAUGAGCAGCAAAAGUCUAAGGGGACAAAGAGGCUCAGGAGAAAAGGAGAGCUCUCUCGCUGGUCGGCUGGUGAGAGACGGGUUGUUAACUCCUGACCUUCUCCGUCAGCUGCAGAGAGAGUGGCUGGAAGACAAAAAGCCGGAGUCCACCAAUCAGAGCGCACUACAUACAGAUGAUUACAAUGAUAACGGCAAAGGGAAAAGGAAGAAGAAAAAGAAAUGAAGAGGAAGACGAUGAUGUGUUAGUCAACGUAAAGAAGCUAAGAUGUCUCAGUGGAGAUCAUAGAUUGGACUGAUGCAACAACACAUGAUCUAAAUCUUGGAUGAGAUGUGGAGGUUUGUUUUAAAUUAAGGAUUUAAAGCAUUUAAAUUGGAUCUAAUUACGCUAAAAGCACUUAAAGUAUCAAAAAUAAUGAGAGUCUGGGACAAUGUGAGUAUGAUCAGUCGAGAUACACCUGAGAUUAACAACAAAAAACAGCAUACCAGUAGAAUAUAACAAAUAACAACUCGAGCUGGACAGAAAGUCCAGUUUAUGUAGGUAACUGUAACCAUGACGCUUUUUUUGGCACUGUGAAAGGAUCAGGGACCCAAUCAGACUUUUUCCGACAGAAGCAUGAGCAUACAAUGAGUCAGAAUCACUGAGAAUGGCUUGAAUCAUCCAUAGAAGUUUAACUUGUUCAACAAGAAACUGACAAACAACAUGGUUUAACCAAAUAUUGGAUUAGAGAGUCAUGCAGUGCUGUGAAUGUGGUUUCAGAAGCAUUUUGAUCAGUGAGCAUUUUAAACUGUCCUCUGUGUGAGUGUACUUGAGAGUAAAACGUCUGAACAGCAUGAGUUGGAUCUGACGUAUCUUGAAACGUGAGCAGUUUGAUAAACUCUAAGAGCUCAGCAUUGUUGAUGCUCGGUGUAUUGUAUAUACAGAUGGCAUAUUUUUCUUGUUUUAAUCGAUUAAAAGCGAUUAUGUUUUAAA